AUGGGCGUUAUAUCUCAGUUACGCUUAUGGAAGGUCGUUCGUGAUAGAAGGGCAAAAGAGGAAGAGAAGCGCCAAGAGGAGCAGAGGCAAAAGGACGAGGCCGAGGCCGAGACAGGGAGACGAUUGGAAGCGAACAACAUGAAAGAGCGAAUGGAAUGGGAGGCCAAGUAUGGCGAUCAAGGAACAGACUCAAGUUCCCAGGAUAUCCCAGAGCUAGCUGCCGGCUCGCAUGUAUUCCCUGCGGACGAGAGGGAAGCCUUGAAGGACGAAGCUACAGAGAAACGAAGCAUUUCCGAUUCAGCGGUAUCUUACCGUUGCUCUGACUGCAGGGCACGAGGUGAGGACGGCGAUUCAGAUGCUAGUGAGGAGACCAAACGCGACGAAAACGAACAACACGGCAAGGAUGAGUCCGAUCGAACUACAUGCGCGCAUGAAGCUACUGGAGAUGAUGGCUUUGGCCCUAAGGCCUUGCACGACGCAGCGACAGCGGACGACAAGAGCUCAGCUAUGACGGCAAUCGUUGGUUCUGAGACCAUGUCAGUCUACUCUAAACGCCUUUCCGUGGCGCUUUCGCGCAGGGCGUCAGUGAAAAGCGCUGGAAGGCCUGUUUCGGAGUCGCAGGAAGCUUUGAUUCCCUGCGACAACGAUGCCUGCCCUGCGCAAAGUGUCAGAGAGGACGCUGAGGAUAUUGACUCGGAUUGCCACACAAUCGCCGCAGACAGUCAUUACCAAGCGAUGCUAGAUGAGGAGCAACCGGCGAAGGCUGAGGAACUUGGGAACUCUAAAAACCCUACAGACGCUGAGGUACGUACAGAUCUGAACCAGCCUACGAGUUCCCAGGAGUCCGCAAAAAGUGAGGAUACACCCGCAAAGAACGAUACGCUCCAGCCGAAGGCAGCUGUUGCAGAUCAACAAAUCCCACCAGUCGAGAGGAAACAUACUACAAAAAAGGCUGUGGAAAGCCAACCGCUUCAGGUGUCGGCCGGCAAUGAGCCGCCCUUUGAAGUGGCCCCGCCGAACAAGGGUACAUCCGAGCAAGUAACGCCUCGAACGGAAAAGGUUUCUGAACCUAAUGAUGUUGGAGGAGAAGCCUCGCCCCAGAGCACACACAGCCGCAUGGAAGGCCCUGCAAAUGUUUCUGCAGAGGUGCCGAUGAGCACUAACAACGAUGUGAAGACUGAGAAGCCAGAAGGGCCCAGAAUAGUAGAUAAACCACCACAGCUUGAGGGCCCUGGCAACCAAGGCCAGAAAGAUCAACUGACAGAGGACUUGACAAACGAGAGCCGCCCUAAGCCUGAAAACGAGCGCCCGCAGCUUGAAAAUGGCUCACCAGAAACGCGGUCCGCAACAAACUCUCUGCCAGACGACAAGUUCUCAGAAGGAGCAGAUGAGCCAUUAGGGUCACCACCGACGGACAAGCAGAAAGCCAUCUCUUUGGUUAGAGUUCCACCUCCGCCCAAAAACGAAGAGCCCAAGCGACUGGACGCAGAGACAGUGGAACAGAUUCCAAAACAUACGUCCAAAGUCGUUCAAACCUACCGCAUGAAUGAGUGGGCUAAGCAUCUGGUGGCGGCUGAUAUACCUGAACUGGAACCCAUCCAGCCAUUUGACGAUGCGCCGACAGAGUGUCCUGUCGACAAAGAAGAGAUCGCUGCGCCUGUUAAAGUCGCGGAGCUCAUGCAAACGCCCUUGAAUGCGCAACCACCUCCGGCUGUAGAGUCCCGAAACUCCGGGAAAGACUCAAACGAGAUCCGUCCGCAUGACUCUCGAACGGGUUCACAGAAAAAGAUGAGGCGAUCUAAAUCGCCCAGGCGGCUCUCCGGACUGUCGGUUGGUUCAGCGCAUAGUCUGGCUCACCAUUCUCCUGCAGUGCAACCACAGCCAGGUAACCUUGUCACUGCCUCUUCAAACACAGUACUCACAAACGUUGCCUCGGCCGAACCGCAACAGGAGGAGAGUGAGAAGCUGAAAUCGAAAUGGAAAGGACCUCCUCCACUAAUAGCUGUGCGCGAGGACAUGAUGCGCAGCCGACUGUCUUCCGUCUCGCUGCCAACGGACCCCUAUGUGCGGCAUAGCGCCGGUUAUUCGCCCACCGAUUUAUCGCCACGGUAUUCAUCGACAUUCCCAAUCGCGGAAGAGGAUGAUGAUAUACCGCUAUCUCAACGCCGUACAAUGCUCCACCAACAAGCCCCUGCAAGUGGACUCCCAGCGAUCCCGCCCCCAGCCGCACCAGCACGGUGGAACAACAGUGGCGUACCUUCAAGAGCCAAUUCCCCGGCGGUUUUGGCAGCUUGGCGGGAGUCAGUCAGAGAAGACCUCAAGGAGCGGAGCGAUCCGCUGAAACUAGCUCAGCCCCCAGUUGCCGCUAGCGGACCGACUGAUCGCAGCUCAUCGCCGUUUGGGCAAUUAGGGCAACGCAAUGCUUCAUCAACCAGCAUCGGAGACAAGAUUGCUGAAGGGAUGCAGCGUGGCGACAUGAGCCAGCUGCACCGAGAGGCCAUGCGACGGAUGCAAGCGCAAGCCAAUAAGAGUGUCAACCGCCUGGUAUGA